AUGGAUUUCAAGUACUACCUUGGAGAUCUGAAUCAUGAUACAUUCGAUAAAUGGCGACGCCCUCUUGCAGUGGCAACGAUCACCAUUUUUGUGGCCUCCGCGUUACACAUACACGCGGCUAACCUGGUCAACAGUGUACUGGAUGCUUCCUUCGGCUUAUUCAUCAUGAUUCACGUCAUCAACCCUACCUGGCUUGGACUUCUUGGCGUCAUGACAUUGAGUCUAACACUUCUAGCAACGACUAUACUACUGCUGAUCGUGGGAGUCGCGUACGAGAAGAUCGUUUGGUCGGCUGAGUUUCUGAAAAAUACUGGCGUCCUAGCAUACGGCCUCGACAUCAUUUACUAUCUUGGUAUAUUCGUUGCGCUUAACUUCGUGUGGGAGAGGCCAGCUAGGGAAGGUCUUAACGUCUAUGAAGAACAUGACAAUGCAAACUACAACGACCAAGAUGACGUAUGGACACCAUUCUCAGGCACUGGAAAAGCUAUAACCGAAUAUGACGUCAGAUAUCCAAAAGUUGAAGCAUCGGUUAACAACGGGUACGCGGUAUAG